AUGCAUUAUAAAAUACACACGGGAGAGAAGUCCUAUUACUGCUGUAUUUGUGAAAAAGAGUUCGCUACUCAGUAUGCUGUUAAUAUUCAUUUAAGAUCUCAUACCGGUGAGAAGCCAUUUUCUUGUGAUAUUUGCGGCAAAUGCUAUACCCAACAAGGGGAUUUAUCCCGCCAUCUUCGCUCUCAUAUGGAGGAGAAACCGUAUGUUUGUGAUUUAUGUAAGAAAAGUUUCUACCGAAGGGCCAGUUUAAAAGAACAUCACUUACGUAGGCAUGAAGGAAUUAAACUUGAAACUUAUGUGUGUGAUGUUUGUAAUAAAGGCUUUUCUCGACUUCAUAGACUCAGAGAGCACUGUGUUAUUCAUGUGGAUAACAAGCCAUAUAUUUGCGAUAGUUGUGGGAAAUGUUUUGGAUAUAAAAGUAGCUUCAAUAGACAUGUCAAAAUUCAUGAAAACAAAGCCAAGCUACAAGUCACGGAAGGCAAUGUUUUCUGA